AUGGCGUUUGUAGGUGACUCGUUAAACGACAACCUGUACGAGGGUAUCGUGUGCCUCCUGCAAGCAACAACACGGGUAGUGUUCAAGAAGGUCAAGGUGGGCAAUCGGCGGCUCGGAUCGUACUUCGUACCAAAUUACAAUCUCACCACUCUCACCAUCAACAGUGGCUACCUCGUUCAAAGCCCGCGAUAUACCGCCAACCACAAGACAGCGGUUUACACAAUGAACCCCAAGUGGGCCACGCUCCUCCCUUACACGGACGCUAUAGUCUUCAACGCAGGCCACUGGUUCUUCCAUCCGCCCAAGGACCAGACCACUCCCUGGUACCCCAUCCCGGUCAUGAGCAAGGCACUAGUCACGGUUAGAGACUAUUUCGCCAAGGCCAACUACAAGGGAGCAGCCGUGUUCUUCACCUUCUCCCCCGUGCAUGACAAGGGCUACUGCAACGCCGCCCAGCCGUUCCCAUCGAACGUGCAAGCAGACAACACGCUCAUGAGCUUCAUACUGCCAGCCAUGAAGAAACAGGUGCGUGGGUGGUUGCUGGUAACCAGGUAA